GAGAUAGUGUUUUCCUUACAUGGUGUAUCAAGGUCGUCGCGAGAACGAGGCUGAGCAUUUUGACGAGUAAACAAAGCAGAUUUUCUUCAUUCAUCCCACCCCUAACUACAGCUAUUAAAUAAGUCAUCAGGCGGUUGAAUAUAGAGAUCCACACACAAAAAUAACUUAUCAAACCUCACUCCUUCCAAAGCAUAAUGGCUUUAAGAGGCUCCACUUCUCGGCAUUGUUAUGCAGUUGGGUGUACAAAUGGAGACUACAGACUUCUCAAGUGGAAACAGAAAAUGUGUGAGGUUCACAAAGCGGAACACGACUCAACACUCUGUAAUUGCUCACCCCCAUUCAUGUUGUUCACUUUUCCUACAGAAAAGAAGAAUCCUGAGGGUAGGAAACUCUGGAUAAAGGCACUUUGCCGGGCAACAUCAAAGCAGAAUCCAAGCUAUCUGGAACCCAAAAGAGACCACAGGGUCUGCUCUGAACAUUUUGUGGAUGGAAGGCCCUCAGAUGCUCACCCCUACCCAGAGCUCAACCUGGGAUAUGACAUUAAGAAACGUGUAUCUGUCGAAGAGACUGAAAGAGGUGCUCGAUACCAGAAAAGGGCUAAUUUGGGCAGUAGUGUCAGUGACAAUUUACUUGAAGAACCUGAAGACCAAGCCAGCUCCAAUUUAACAGAAGAAGCUUCUUCCCCAGAAGAAGGAUCUACAAAUACAGUCUUCGAUUGUAAAAUAAAAAAUGAAAAGUCUGAUGAAGUAGCAAAGGAAACUGAGAACAUCCUUGUUGAUGUAGAAAUUGAACAAAGUAGUGAUUCAACACAGGAUGGCAGCACUUCAAAGUUCGGUGAGAGUGACGAAGAAGGAGUUCUAGAUUGUUCAGAGUAUGUUGAUGUGAGUUUGAAAAAUGAAAAAGAACCAGAAAAUGAUUUUCAACAAGUUAUCUCUGGGAUGGAAAGUUUAUCAGAUCCAGAUUUAUACAUGAACAACUAUCGUGGAAAGCAGUUUCCUGAAUAUGAUGUUGUAACACAAAGAUCUCUCUUUUCAAAGUCAAAAAAUUACAAAUCCCUGAACCCAAGUGAUGUUAACAUGUCUGAUGAAUCAUUUUUGAGGGAAAAUGAUGGUAGCAUUUCCCAUAGUGAAGCUGAAUUAUACAGUGGCAAGGAGCUGGAAAAUAGUCAUCUGGAAUUUAAUUUGAGAACACACACUGGGAAGAAACAGUACAGUUGUGCAGUGUGUGGUAAACAGUUCAUAACAACUGGCUAUUUAAAAAUACAUAUGAGGAUACACACUGGAGAGAAACCAUACACUUGUGUAGUGUGUGACAAAGGAUAUCGAAGCAAUAGUCAGUUAAAACAACACAUGAAAGUACAUACUGGGGAGAAACCAUACUGUUGUGCAGUUUGCGAUAAAACAUUUGUGAGUAAAAGUCAACUGAAUAGCCAUUCCAGAACACACACUGGAGAGAAACCGUAUAGUUGUGUAAUAUGCGAUAAACGAUUUGGAACCAAUGGUCUGUUAAAACAACAUGAGAGAGUACAUGCUGGGGAGAAACCUCAUAGUUGUGUAGUAUGUGGAAAACAAUUUGUAACAAGUAGAGAUUUAAAAAUACACCUGAGGAUACACACUGGAGAGAAACCGUACAGUUGUGUAGUGUGUGGGAAACAGUUUGUCACAAAUAGUAACUUAAAAACACAUUUGAGGACACACACUGGAGAGAAACUGUACAGUUGUGGAUUGUGUAGCAAACAGUUUGUAACACAGAGUACUUUAAAAAAACAUCUGAGGAUACACACUGGAGAGAAACCAUACAAUUGUAAAGUGUGUGACAAACAAUUUAGAACGAAUGCCUGUCUACAAGCACAUAUAAGGAUACACACUGGAGAGAAACCAUACUGUUGUUUAGUGUGUGGGAAAAGUUUCGGAACAAAUUCUUGUCUACAAGGACAUCUGAGGAUACACACAGGAGAGAAACCAUACACUUGUGUAGUGUGUGAUAAAGGAUUUCGAAACAAUACUCAGUUAAAAAUACACGAGAGAGUACACACUGGGGAGAAACCAUACAGUUGUGUAGUUUGUGAUAAAACAUUUGUGAGUAAAAGCCAUCUUAACAGCCAUAUGAUGACACACACUGGAGAGAAACCAUACAACUGUGAAGUGUGUAAUAAAGGAUAUCGAAGCAGUAGUCAUUUAAAACAACAUGAAAGAGUACACACUGGGGAGAAACCAUACAGUUGUGGAGUUUGUAAUAAAAAAUUUGGGUGUAAAAGUCAUCUUAGCAGACAUGAGAAGCUACAUACUGGAGAGAAACCUUACAAUUGUUUUGUGUGUGGAAAAGAAUUUGAAGACAUUAGUCAAUUAAAAAUACAUGAGAAUGUGCACAUUGUUGAAAAACCAUACAAUUGGUUUGUGAAUACAGAAGAAUUUAUAACAAUACCUGUGUACAAGAACAUGAGACAACACCUACUGAAGAGAAACCAUACACUUGUGAAGUGUGUAAUAAAGGAUAUCAAAGCAACAGUCAUUUAAAACAACAUGAGAGAACACAUACUGGGGAGAAACCGUUCAUUUGUGUAGUGUGUGAUAAAAAAUUUGGGAGUAAAAGUCAUCUUAACAGACAUGAGAAGAUACACACUGGUGAAAAACCAUACAGUUGUGUAGUGUGUGAAAGGAAGUUUGUAACAAAUAGCUACCUACAAGACCAUAUGAGGAUACACACUGGAGAAAAACCAUACAGUUGUGAAGUGUGUAACAAAAGAUUUCGAAGCAAUAGUCUGUUGAAAAAACACGAGAAAGUACACACUGGAGAGAAACCUUACAGUUGUACAGUAUGUGGAAGAAAAUUUACAAAAAAUUAUAAUCUUAAAAUGCAU